CUCAAGUGUCUCGCAGUAGCGGUUGGCGCGCGCGUGCCCGCGUCUCAAAUACCGGCUCGAGCCGGUAUAAAAAUCUGCCAAGAGAGAGACAGAGAGGGAGAGGAGGAAAAGAAAGAAAGAAAGAAAGAAAGAAAGAGUGUGGGGGGAAACACGAGGACCAACCGGUUAGAUCGGUGAUGCUCGCGCUGGAAAACGGGAGUUGUUUCUAAGAGAGAGAGCGCGAGCGAUGAUAUUUGACGCGGCUGGAUCAAACCGGAGUCACGGCGUUCUCACGAGUUUUCUCCUCAGAGAAAGUGAGAGAGAGUUAAGGUUCAACCUGAUUAAGGUUAAGAUGCUGGUCAGGUUGCUGAAAGGAAGGUAACGACGUUAGCUCGGGUGGUGGUGCUUCUGCCUUCUGUGCUCUCGAGAUUUUGCUUAGUCAUCAUUUUUUUGUUGGUUCUCAGACAGGACGUGACGAGUCGACCAUGCAGGGAACGAUGCCCGCUAUGCCCAGCUGCAUGAAACCCAACGUUUACCCACAGGCCCCUGACGGAGGCUGGGGUUGGGUUGUAGCCGUGGCUUUCUUCUUUGUCGAGGUUUUCACCUAUGGCAUCAUCAAGAUUUUUGGCAUCUUCUUGCAGGACAUGACCAACCAUUUCGGAGAGACGAACAGCCGGGUGUCCUGGAUCGUCUCCAUCUGCGUAUUCGUCAUGUCUUUCACAGCUCCUCUGUCGUCUGUGCUCAGUAACCGGUUUGGAUUUCGGCCGGUCGUCAUGGUCGGAGGUGUCCUGAUCAGUCUGGGUACCAUCACCACCGCCUUCGCAACGUCCAUCAAUCAGAUGUACAUCACCACAGGCCUCGUUACAGGCCUUGGUUACUGCCUCACCUUUCUGCCCACCGUCACCAUCCUCUCGCAGUACUUCAACAAGCGCAGAUCGCUCGUCACAUCCUUCGCCUCCACCGGAGAGUGCUUUUCCCUUUUUGCCUUAGCUCCAGCCUUCAGCGCUUUGAAAGAACAAGUUGGCUGGCGAAACUGCAUGAUUGUAAUAGGGAUCCUACAGGCGUCUGUGAUUGCCUGCGGAGCCGUGCUCAGACCGAUUGUCAUACAGCCUGAAGGUUCCAAGCUGGAAGAGGAACCGGAAGGUCCUCAGUCUCCCCUUAAACCCAAUCCCGAAAACAAAUAUGAGCUAGAGAACGAGUUCACGCGCACGUCUCUGGACUCCGUCGACUCCGGCGUUCAGUCCAUCUCCUCAGUGGGGCAAAACACAGCGUCUACCGAGAUCUCUGACGCAGACCCGCAGGAGGGGGCGGGGAGAAGCGAUGACGAUCAGGCGCUGUCUUCCACUCCUCUAAAGCAAAGUCAGACUCUGAAGAGAAAAAGGAGGAUUGAUCUUUCGCUGCUGAAAGACGCCAGUUUUAUUUUCUACUCCCUCUUCGGCCUCUUCGCGACCCUGGGCUUUUUCGCCCCGCAGCUCUACGUGAUCGAGCUGAGUGUGUCGUACGGGGUCCAGCGCAACAAGGCCACCUACAUGCUUUCCAUCAUGGCCGCGGCCGAGAUCUUGGGACGGCUGUCUAUAGGCUGGGUGAUGAACCGCAGACCCAUCCGGAAAAUCUACAUCCUGCUGAUCUGCACGGCGCUCCUAGGCCUGGUGCUGGCACUCUUCCCUGCUGCCUCAUCGCACUUCUGGGCGCUCACCUCCUGCUGCGUCGCCUGCGGCUUUCUGUUCGGCACGGUCGCCUCUACUCACAUCCCCAUGCUGGCCGAGGACGACGUGUUGGGCAUGCAGAGGAUGACAAUGGGCGCUGGAGUUUACGUUUUCAUCCAGAGCUUUGCCGGUCUCGGCGGUCCACCGCUCGCAGGCAUGUUGGUGGACGUGACGAAGGAUUACGGCUCGGCGUUUUACUCCAGCGCGGCCGGAGUGUGUGUCGGCACUGUUUUUCUCUCGUUAGUACGACCGGCUAAAACCGGUUGGACCUGCUGCAGGAGGGACAUCAGAAAGGGUGUACAACAGGAACAGGAAGUGAUGCCAGAUGACUUCCUGGAAGUGGACAUAAAUCUGGAAAGCAGCGAGGCGACGGAGACAGCGAAGAACACGGCACAAGUCUGAGAUACAAACGCACACGAACACAUGCACUUGAACGAUUUACCCAAAGACGGACAUUACGGAUGUUGAUUUGCUUUUAAUAUGCCUAGGGUUUUUUUUCCAUUUUUAUUUUAUUGUUUUAUGUUGUUGUUUUUUUUGGACCAAAAGAAACCUCAAGCUGGCGAUGCUGCUGUUGUUAUCAACAUAGUCUUAUGGAUAAGUGUCAGUAGAGGGGUACGCGUUAGGUCGGAGGAUUUGCUAACAUCACUGGUUAGCAUUGUGUAUUUUACAGACAGUACUGAGCUGCCAACUUUUUUUUAAUCCUCUUCAUCUUUUUUUAUAAUUGAUUUUGGUAAUUUAUUUUUAAAAUUCUUAGGCAGUGUUCAUCAUUGUCUAUACCCGCUUUAUCCUGUAUACAGAGUCAGGGGGGGCCUGGAGCCUGUCCCAGGAGACUUAGGGCACGAGGCGGGGUACACCCUAGACGGGGUGUCAAUCAUCUAUCGCAGUAUAAGGCAGUAUUAAAUGAAUUAAGAAGUUAAAAAAAGACAAACUCCAGUGCAGAACAAUGUUAACAAUGUCAAGUCACAGCGCUGUAUUACUGUACGCGGUUUACAGCGUGGUUUGGUUUUAAUUGGCGCUAAUUACAAGGCUGUUUUGCGGAAGGUUCUCCAAAGUUGGAGGCAAUAUUUUGACACAUCUUGCUGUCCAAAAGAAAUGCUGCCUACUUAGGUAGCCUACUUUCUUGUAGUCGUGGUGCACAACUAAACUAAAUGUUCGCAGUGAAAAGAUAGCAUGUGACUGAUAACUGAUACGUUUACUUUUAUACUUCUCCUUAUUAUUUUUUUGUUAUUCUUAUACUCCAGGUAGAUCCAGUGACACGUCUUCCAUGGUGUUUCUUUUGUUUUAAAAAUGUCUAAAAGAUGAAGAAGAAUGAAUGUAGCAACAUAGUUAAAAAAAUUUUAAAAUAAAUAUAUAUAUAUAUAUAUAUAUGUAUGUGUGUAAAUCCAGCGUCAUUACCACAACACGAAUAAAUGUCUUUCAUAUUUAUUUUGAUAUUUAAUCCACUUAUUUUACUUACUUAGCAGACUUGAACAUGUUGCGGGCGAGAAACAAUCAAACUCAGCACCCAGCAAAAAACUAACGCUAGGCCUCACUCUAACACUGAUUUAACACACAAUGUCACUGUAGUGCAUGAGAAGAGGUUUUUAUGAUUUAUUGUAUUUUUUUUCUCUCAGUCAUAAUCUCACGAUUGCACUGUAUGUUGCUAAUUUUUUUUUUCCUUCUGUUUUUACAUCACAACGGGCAUCUUAUUUAAUUCAAUGAAAAAUGACUUGUGCAAUGAAACCAAACCAUGAUGUAUGAUGAGUUUGCCUCUGGAAUGCUGCAACUGCUGUACUGCAAUGAGAUUGAUCUUUUACACAGGAAUAAAAUGUUGUUAAUUUCA